UCCGAAACGUCACAUCUGCUGUUUCAUCUUCUGUCUCCUCUUCACACACACACACAGACACACACACACACCCACACUCACACACACUCUGCAGCUCCUCUUUUCCUCACUGGAACUUUUUUCUUCUGAAAACUUUCUCCGGAACUUUUCACUUCUCCGGUGCAUUGAGCAGAGAGGAGCCUCAGCAGCAGCAGGACAGAUGUUUUCACUUUGACCUCCUCCUCCUCCUCCUCCUCUGCCUCGUCUGGUGUCUGAGCAGCAGUGGAGGACGGAGACAGAGACGAUGGACACACAUCCAGUCAUGUGAUUGAUCUGCAUCAAGGACCGAAUCAAUCUGAGUUGCCUCCAUCUCAGAGCGACUUCUCAGCCCCGUAGCAAACAGAUGAUGAGGAGGAGGAUGGUGGCGAUGAGGAGGAUCCUCCACGUGAAGGGAGAUGUGAUGUGCACGAUGCUGCUGUUGGUUCUGUUCUGUCUGCUGCUCUACGCUCGACAGGUGGCCGUCUCCUCUGGGUGGGACAGACCUCAGUGGAAGCUGGAGAUCCACGGCUCCACCAGCUCCAGUCGGACACUGCUGGGGGCCAGUGGGGCCAAAGGGGGCCAGGAGUCUCAAGAGUUCCCCUCCAGCCCGUCGGAGCCACAGCUGCCUGCCUGUAAGCCCCAGUCCAAGUCCAAAAAUCCUCAGGCCAAGUCCAAAGCUCCUCAGGCCAAGUCCAAACCACCGCUCAAAUCUAAGGGGAAAUCAAAGUCGCGACGGAGGAAUGCCGCGCCGACCAAACCUGCUGCCAAGCCCCUGCCCACGAUGCCACCGUUUGACUUUGAAGGCUACUUGAGAGAGAAGGACAACAGGGACUUCAAUCUGCUCAUCAACCAGCCGGAGAAAUGUCACAUCCGAGGAGCAGAGGAGGAAGAAGGAGGCGAAGCUCCCUACAUGCUCAUCGCAGUCAAAUCUGUUGCGGUGGAUUUUGACAAGCGUCAGGUGGUCCGUCGGACAUGGGGGAAGGAGGGACUGUUCCCUAAUGGCGUUACCAUUCGUACGGUUUUCCUGCUCGGGGUUCCCAGGAAUCGAACUGCUCUGCCUCUGUGGGAUCGCCUCCUCACCUACGAGAGUCAAACGUUCCGGGACAUCCUGCUCUGGGACUUUGAGGACACCUUCUUCAACCUGACGCUGAAGGAAACACAUUUUCUGAAAUGGGUGAACAGCAGCUGUCCUCAAGUCAAGUUCAUUUUCAAGGGUGACGCUGACGUGUAUGUGAAUGUGGAGAACAUAUUGGAGAUGCUUCAAGGUGAAAAGCCAGAGGAGGAUCUGUUUGUCGGGGAUAUUAUCAUUCAUGCCAAACCGAUUCGCCGACGUAGCUCCAAGUACUACGUGCCGGAGUUCGUGUAUGGGGGGGGUCUGUACCCAAACUACGCUGGAGGAGGAGGGUUUGUGAUGUCGGGACAUACGGCUCGGAGACUGAGCUCUGCGUGUCAACAGGUGGAGCUGUUCCCCAUUGAUGAUGUCUUUCUGGGAAUGUGCCUCCAGCUGAUCAGCGUCAAACCGUCACGUCACCAGGGCUUCCGGACCUUUGGGAUUCCCCGGCCGUCGGCGGCGCCCCACCUUCAGACGUUCAACCCCUGUUUCUACAGAGAACUCAUGGUGGUCCACAGCCUCAGUGUCCCGCAGAUCUGGCUCAUGUGGAACCUCCUGCACGACCCCGACCUGAGCUGCCACAACCGGAGCAGCCUGGCGUCCUCGGCCUUCAAGUGGAGGGGGAGGACGGGGGAGGGGACGGGAGAGGAGACGGGGGAGGAGACGGGAGAGGAGACGGACUACGGCGAGAAGCGGGUGUUCGUCAUGCAUUAAGGACUGGGUGGGAUCUGCACGAGCUCCAGCGAAUACAAAAUGGUGGUGCUCAUGCCGGAUCUGUGGCCCACUGGAAAACAGGAUGACAUGUUCACAGCUGAGUCUUGUGAGAGUUUAUCCAGAUCCUGGCAGAUCAACUCGGGGGAAAUUAAUCAGCAAAUGUCCUUCAAACUUGAAUCCAAAAGAGAAUUUAGGCUUUUGCCACGUGAGCCCCCAUCUGUCUGUUGGAUCUCUUGACUUUUGAAUGUGUAAUCUAAUCAGAAUGUGUUGUGUUACUACAGAGUCACCUUCAAGGUUGACCAUACAUCCCACUGUGAGUCUGUACAUGCUCACGGUUCCUUUCAAACUUAAAUGAGGGUUUGCAUUGCUCCCACUAACCAUUCCAUUCCAAGAAGUGGAUAUUUGUACCUGGAGCACGUGCAGGAAACAAAUUUUAGGCUGCACACGGACGUCUGCUGACGGGUUUGUGAUGACAUUAACGCCAUGAGGACCAUAGUUGACUCCGGUGGAGCCCAGUGGACCCCAGUGGAGCCCGGUGGACCCCAGUGGACCCCGGUGGACCCCAGUGGAGCCUGGUGGGCUGGCAGAUGCUCAAAUUAGGAAUUCACCUCAAGAUUGAGUGGUUAGCCGGUUUAACCUCAUCCAAGUGUAAAUGUGUGUGUGUGAGACCGUGACCGUGUUAAAUGUGUGACUUUGAGGACGCGACUGUAAACACAGUUAAGCAGCGGAGACUUUUUUAGUUUCCCGAUGUGAAUCAUUUGCAGAGAUGUUCCUCUUCUCUUUGUUUUGCUUGAUAGAAACGGACAAAUGGUGACUUUAUCUGUUUCCCUGGAGGAACAACAAAUGCUUAAAUGGAAACCAGCUGCACAGCAGGAACCAGCUGGGACCAUCACACACACACAUAGACACACACACACAACCUCUGCUGAAUGACUCUGAAGACUGUGGACUUCCAGUUUUUUCUUUAUAAUUCUAACUUAGUUUAAUUUUAUUUUGUCUUUAUCACUCUUUACAUAUCUACACUCCUCUGCUGUCAAAAUGUUCCGUGUUAAAAAUGCUGAAAGAGAAACGUUAUCAUCAAAAAUAAUGUGUUUUAUCUAUUUUUUUAAAAGGUAAAAUCAACUCGUUAAUAAUGAAAUCAUCAGCCCAGGCUGAGAAGUGUCUCCAAUGGUAGAGGAGGAUGUUUCCCUUCCUCACCUUGAUGCUUUGUCCGUAUGUUGAUGAUAAAAAUCUUGUCUAAUAAGUGUUGAUGACUGAAUUGGAAACUCCACGUGCUCCAGCUACAACGUGACCAGCACCAUGUUUGAGAGGUGAGCUGGUGUCUCCGGUUCAUGAGCUGGUGUCUCCGGUUCAUGAGCUGUUUCCUCUCUCGUCAUGUUGUCUCUUGAUCGUUGGCCAGGAAACACGUCCGUCUAAUAAACAGGUUCUUCUUCACCAUCUGCUCAUCCACACGACUUGGUCCUGACAGAUUCUGGUGCAGAUCUGGAUCGGGGGUAGAUACAGGAGUUUUUUUUGUUUACGUUUUCAUUGACUUCUUAACAGAAAAUCAUAGAUCUUAUUGAAAAAUAUCAGUUUAGGGGACUAAUAUUUAUGAGUGUGUGCAAAUUGUUGUUGAGCAAGUGAAUUUAAAUAAG